UUCUCUGCCACUAAUACCCUUCUUCUUCUUCUUCGUAGCUAAAGUCCUAGCAGGGUUUAUGCUUAUCAUCAUUCACUCACUGGAAUUUUCGACCUCAAAAGAGUGUAUCAAAACGAUGAUUCUCCAAACGACCUUCCCUGGCCACUCUCUCUGGUCGUCGUGCUCCGCUAACAGGCUCCAUCCUUUUCUCUUCUCCAAACGACGUCGUCGCAGUAGUCUUUCCUACUGGCAUUUCAAUCGUCUUAGGCCUAGGCUCUUCGCAGUUGCCGCCUCCGAGAAUGGCGUGUUCACUUCUCCAGAGAUUGCAAAGACCUUUGAUUUUACUUCAGAAGAAGGGAUAUACAAUUGGUGGGAGUCUCAAGGGUAUUUUAGGCCAAACCUUGACCGAGGAAGUGAUCCUUUUGUGAUUUCAAUGCCGCCUCCAAAUGUUACUGGUUCCCUGCACAUGGGACACGCGAUGUUUGUGACUCUUGAGGACAUUAUGGUUAGAUACCAUCGAAUGAAGGGAAGACCCACACUUUGGCUUCCUGGGACUGAUCAUGCUGGUAUAGCAACUCAGCUGGUUGUAGAAAAAAUGCUUGCAUCUGAAGGAAUUAAAAGGGUUGAAUUGGGUCGAGAUGAGUUUGUGAAUCGAGUUUGGGAGUGGAAAGAGAAGUAUGGUGGAACCAUUACAAAUCAGAUCAAAAGACUUGGCGCUUCUUGUGAUUGGAAUAGAGAGCAUUUCACCCUUGAUGAACAGCUAAGUCGAGCUGUCGUUGAGGCCUUUGUCAGACUUCAUGAGAAAGGCUUAAUCUAUCAAGGGUCUUACAUGGUGAACUGGUCUCCUAGUCUACAGACUGCUGUUUCUGACUUGGAAGUAGAAUAUCAUGAAGAAUCUGGUACUCUCUAUUAUAUUAAGUAUCGUGUAGCUGGAGGCUCAAAGUCUGACUAUCUGACAAUAGCAACAACACGCCCGGAGACUUUAUUUGGUGAUGUAGCUAUUGCUGUGCAUCCUGAGGAUGAUCGAUAUUCUAAAUAUAUUAAUAGAAUGGCUAUAGUUCCUUUGACAUAUGGCCGUCACGUCCCUAUCAUCUCUGACAAGCAUGUUGAUAAAGACUUUGGCACUGGUGUGUUGAAGAUAAGCCCUGGACAUGAUCAUAAUGAUUACAAUCUUGCAAGAAAGCUUGGUCUUCCAAUACUUAAUGUCAUGAACAAGGAUGCAACUCUAAACAAGGUUGCCGGACUGUACUGUGGCCUUGAUCGGUUUGAGGCCCGCAAGAAACUUUGGGCAGAUCUGGAGGAGACUGGUUUGGCUGUAAAGAAAGAACCACACACUUUACGAGUUCCCAGAUCUCAGCGCGGUGGAGAAGUUAUAGAACCACUAGUAAGCAAGCAGUGGUUUGUAACGAUGGAGCCCUUAGCUGAGAAAGCCCUUCGUGCUGUUGAAAAAGGAGAUUUGAAAAUCAUACCCGAAAGAUUUGAAAAGAUCUAUAAUCACUGGCUAUCAAAUAUUAAGGAUUGGUGCAUAAGCAGACAACUGUGGUGGGGACAUCGAAUACCAGUUUGGUACAUUGUGGGUAAAGACUGUGAAGAAGAAUAUAUUGUUGCAAGGAGUGAGGAUGAAGCUCUUCGGAAAGCUCAAAAGAAGUAUGGUAGAGAUACAAAAAUAUAUCAGGAUCCGGAUGUUCUUGACACAUGGUUUUCAAGUGCACUGUGGCCUUUCAGUACUCUUGGGUGGCCAGAUGAGUCAAUCAAGGAUUUUAAGCGGUUUUAUCCUACUACAAUGCUUGAAACAGGGCAUGACAUACUGUUCUUUUGGGUUGCGAGGAUGGUCAUGAUGGGAAUUGAGUUUACAGGGACAGUUCCAUUUAAAUAUGUUUAUCUGCAUGGUCUCAUCCGGGAUUCACAAGGUCGAAAGAUGUCUAAAACAUUGGGGAAUGUCAUAGAUCCUUUAGAUACAAUCAAGGAAUAUGGCACAGAUGCUUUAAGAUUUACAAUUGCUCUGGGGACUGCUGGUCAGGACCUUAAUUUAUCCACUGAGAGGUUGACGUCAAAUAAGGCCUUCACCAACAAACUCUGGAAUGCUGGAAAGUUUGUAUUGCAGAAUUUACCCAGUCAAAAUGAUGCAUCUGCUUGGGAAAAUAUACUCUCUUAUAAGUUUGACAAAGUGGAGCUCUUGGACAAUCUACCUUUACCAGAAUGUUGGGUGAUCUCAAAACUUCAUUUGCUUAUUGACACAGUCACCGCAAGCUAUGACAAAUUUUUCUUUGGAGAUGUAGGAAGAGAGACAUAUGAAUUUUUUUGGGGUGAUUUUGCUGAUUGGUAUAUUGAAGCCAGUAAAGCUCGUCUUUACCACUCCGGUGGUGAUUCAGUUGCUUCUGUCACACAGGCAGUUCUGUUGUAUGUUUUUGAAAACAUACUUAAAUUGCUACACCCCUUCAUGCCAUUUGUGACUGAGGAGCUCUGGCAGGCACUCCCAUAUCGAAAAGAAGCUCUUAUAAUAUCGCCAUGGCCACUGACUUCACUUCCAAGGAAGAGCAACUCGAUUAAGAAGUUUGAAAAUUUACAGGCUCUGACUAGAGCCAUCCGGAAUGCUCGAGCAGAAUAUUCUGUUGAGCCUGUAAAGCGUAUAUCAGCCUCAGUAGUUGCUAAUGAAGAAGUCACUGAGUACAUAGUGAAAGAAAAGGAGGUUUUAGCACUUCUCUCCAGGCUAGAUUUGCAAAACAUCCAUUUUACGGAUUCUCCUCCAGGGAAUGCGGAUCAAUCAGUCCACGUUGUAGCUGGUGAAGGACUAGAGGCAUAUCUCCCUCUUGCUGAUAUGAUUGACGUUACUGCCGAAAUCCAACGCCUAUCUAAGAGACUUUCCAAGAUGCAGACAGAAUAUGAUGGACUUAAAGCUCGGCUCAGUUCUCCAAAGUUUGUAGAGAAAGCUCCAGAGGAUAUUGUCCGUGGAGUCCAAGAAAAGGCGGCAGAAACAGAAGAGAAGAUCACUCUCACCAAAAACCGUUUAGCCUUACUCAAAUCAACGGUUGUGGUUACAUAAUCAGACCAUUUGUGAUCCCAUGCUCCAUUUUGAUUGGAUAUAUCCGAUGAUCCAUAUGGGAUUUGCAUCUACUGCAGUGUACAGUACUGAGGUUGGCCAACAUUAUUUUGACAGCAAUUUAUUACCAUCUAAAGGAUCAAUGUGCGGUAAACUUGGCUUCAAACUAACGAGUCUGGAGAUAGCUCUUUUUUCUCUGGUAGAACCGAAGCGUCCAAUAGAUGCUUGGCCAUUAAUUUUUUUCCCUUGUAAAUUUUGUAUGCUACUCAGGUUGUUUGUAAUAUGCCAUUUUUCUUACAAUGUAGGUUAAUAUAGUUGAGGCUCUAGCCAUUUUUGUCCCCUUCACAACUUAAACCAGAGAUUGGAGGUGAUCUUCCCAAAUUUCAGUUGUGAAAAUAAUCUAAAAACUCGAGCUGAUAAAUGUGCACCUAGAGUUCAACGUUAUUAAGGGAUUUUGAAGAACCUAUCUUUUAGCCCAGUGAAUAAGGGUUCGAUCUGGUCUGAAUGUUCUUGACGUUUGAGAAACUCUCAUCCUCUUGUAGUAUGUUCAAGUGCGUGUGAGAAACUACCCUCUCUUCAUGGUUUAAAUUCAAAAAAAUUCAAAAAAGAUAGAAACCAACGAGUCAGCCACGGCACAAUGAGUCACUGACCCAUUCCACACCCAACCCAACCACAAUAUUAUUCCGUAGCCAACUCUACCCCAAAGUCUAGCCAUGGACUCAAUUAAACCCUCCUCCGCUACUAAGCUCCCCAUUAAACGCAAAAACCCCGAUCCCAUCCCCAACCUUAACCCUAACCCUAAUCUUCUACCCCCCACCCUCGAAUCCACCGCCAUAUACGACUACAACGCUGUCGGUUUUUCCGCAGAAGAUGGGCAGAGAACCCCGCCGUUCAAGUACCACCGAAUCUGGACCGAACCCGACGAGCUUCUCUUCCUCCAAGGCCUCCUUGACUGCGCCUCAGAUGGCUUCUCGUUCCCCAAAGACCUUCACCUCUUCUACGCUCGAUUCUCCACCACCGUGUCUCAGCACUACACCAAAUCCCAGCUCUCUGAGAAGCUCCGCCGCUUCCGGAAAAAGUUCCGAGUCGUCUCGGCUCGGCUCGCUCGCGGCCUCCACGAGUCGCAGCUUUCGCCGCAUGAUCGCGCCUUGUACGACCUCUCGAGGAAGCUUUGGAGCUCCGAGUGCUGGUCCACUUCGCCGUUUGGUAACAAAGCCAAGAGCGACGAGGGUGAUGAUAAUUUAAUGGUGAAUCAGAAUCAGAGUGUUUUGGAUGAUCUUUUUGUGGAAAAUGAUUAUGGCGAUGAGGUGAAGAUGAUCAAUUUGUCUAGGGCCAUUGCUGGGCUGGCGGCGAAGACUGUUUUGGACGUGUUCGAUCAGUCUUUGAAUGAGGUUCGGAUGGUUCUUGUUCAACAUUGUCUGCUCUGCCCCGACCAUGUUGGUUCGGUCUCGGGCUCAGGCUCUGGCUCUGGCUCUGGCUCAUGUUCCUCCAAUAUGGGCAAGACUGCACUGGACUUCGAGCGGCAAUGGCAGCUCCAACGGCUUGCUGAGUUGGAUGUAUUGUCUCAGAGAUUGAGGUUGGUUCUCGACAACACCAUUCGGGGCCAAUGAGUUUAUGUAAGUAAUUUGUAUAGGAAAUUGACAUAUGUAAUGGAAUUGCUCUUUCAAAUUUUGUACAUUUCCCCUCAUAAUAUACAAGGAUUAGGUUGACUUAA